ACUCGUAGUCGUCCGCUUGGAGUAAACGGAAGCAGUUGUUAGAAAAUUCGUAGUUUUUUUACAAAUUGAAAAUUUUCUACACAAGACAAAAUGGAGGCAUCCUUUAUGGUUGCCCUGUUCAUUUCUGUAUUUUUACACUGCACAGGACUGCUCUGGAGUCCUGUGGACGCAAGAUCGGAUUCGCUUCUGUUCUUACUUAUCGCCAUAAUGUACCUGCAUAAAUUGAAGAUGAAGUACGGGCCAAUUCUCCCAGAAACCCAAGCGGGAGCAAUUCUCGAGGUUCCGGUCCUAUGUUUCGCUCUCCAGGUGGCUUUGCUCGUCCUUUGGUUACCCGUGUUUUGUAUCCUGCAAAUCUUGGUGGAUUCAGCCUGCAGCAAUCUGAGAGAUUGUCUGAACGAGCAACUCUCCCUAAUGGUGAAGGAUAUCAGUCCACUUAUCUUUACAAUGGCUAUUAUGGCUGUGGAAUCGGCUGUGUUUCUCAACUGUUUCCAGAUCAGCGAUAUGCAGAAGUUCUUUGGCUGCCAGGAAGACUGCGUCACACCCAGUGUCCUUUCAUUCAUAGCCGACGAGGAGACCAAGAUGUUAAAACGGGAGAUGAAAAAGUUGAAAAACAAAAGAAAGUGACAUAGGACAUCCAUUUUGUCGAAUUAGCAAUUAUAAUUAAUAACUUGUCAAAUUGAAUAGUUGCAAUCUGAAAUGAA